CCAAUGAAUGCGGAGGCGGUAGCUCUGAGACAACGCUACAUCGCGAAGCGUCAGUUUGUCCCUAGUAGAGGUCGGCAAGCGAAGAAGUUCUACCAUGGUGCUUCUAAUGCUGCUGGUGGCGCUGGAGGACCGGGUGGAAAUAUAGUAGAUCAACAUCUACACUCGUCUGCGAACAACAAAGCUCGUGGUGAAUUGAGUGUCGUUUCGUUGGAGAUGCAGGAUCCCACAACUGGUAAAACUUCUUCAAAUAAUAACAACAAGAUCAAGAACAGUACAAGUGUCUUCGUCCUUGAUCAGAAGGACAUGGGUGCUAAUACUACUAGCAGGUCGUGGUCUUCAAUGGAAUUAGUACAACAAGAGUCAUCAAAUGGUAGCAAGCCAUGUCUCGGCGGGCCAUUUGUGCAUUCGCAGGCUUUUGUCGAGGCUGCGAGGCAACAACAAAUUGCAGCCGGUAAGGAGCAGCAACAGCAUCAGUUGUUGCAGAAACGAGGAGCCGGAGUUGCAACAACUAGAAGAGUGUUAGCUUCUUCAUCUCGUAAUCCAGACCAAGAUGAGGAUUUCAACAUGGCCGCGACUUCGAAUUCGAGCGUUUGGCUAGGUCCCAGGCAACUGCACAAUGACAGCACUGAUAGCGUGAACAACAUCAGUAGAGAACUCGUCGGCGAGAUGCAUGAAGAACAACUUCUACCUGUUUCUGGUCGUGCAGGAGGAGACGUAGAAGCUCCAGAGUCUCCAAAAGGAGCACCUUCCUCAAGCAAUCGAGCCGUGCCACCGCAUGGUCACCCUAGUCGUCGUGGAGGAAGACCCGGAGUUGUGUCGCCCAUUGGCGGUGUAGAAGUAUCGCUGUCCCUUUCGCCACGUCACAUUGCGGCUGGAGGAAGUUUGCCAGGUCGUGGAGCAAUGGGAGGUUCUCCACUGAUGUCUCCACAACAUCACAGGGGAACACAAAUUAGGACUCAUCACCACCACUUGCAGCAAGAACUUCUGACGCCUCGGUUACAUUUAGAAGUUCGUGGCAGCACCGCUGGAAGCAUGACGGCGCGUAGUCGGAGUUCGUCUCUCGGGACGCGGUCAUUGCCAGAAGAAGAACAGCUGCGUUCGAGCCGAGGCCGAAGAGGUGGACGUAGUCGUGGUACUACAAAAGGUCACAACCACAACAAAAGGCCACGAACUUUAACAACUUCGCAACACCUUCUAGUGCAAGAUGCAUUACUAGCUGAGCAAGAAAUGCGCAUGAUUCAGAGAGGGGAACAACAGGACAAGGACUAUGAAGGAGUUUCUAGGGGAAGGAAUAGAAACAUCGUCAGAGCUGGAGGUGAACAGCAACAGGUGGAUCCUCGUAGAAGUACGGAGCAGGGAGGACAGGCACGGGCGGGCCGGCGUGGGCGAACAAACAAAGAAGAUGCAAAAAAAACUACCACGUCUAUCAACGAGGACAAGAAUGGUACCAAAUGGAAUGCUUCUUUGCUGCAAGGAUUUCAGAAUUUGAGUCAGGAGAUCAGGCGGCAAAACAACGACGAACAGCUUGGAACCGCGAUUCUAGAAGGCCUGGAAGAAAAAGUCGGUGCAUUGUUGCAGAAGUGCUUGAAAAAUGGUGGAGGUGCACUAACUCGGGAUGAAGCGAACAAGCUGCGGCGUGCUUUCAUGACCACACUUUUGCGCAUUCCACGACGUAGCAGUCUUCUAUGAAGCGAAAAAGUGUACUCAUACUCAAGAAGUUACAGCUAACAUUUGAGUAGCAAAGCAGCUAAUUUUUUGAGUAUGAGGACACUUUUUCCUGUCAUAUCUUCUACAGCAGGGUCACGGAGUCGGAGGAGGAGAUUACAACUUGAGUGGAGGUAGUUUACAGCUACAGCUACAAGGUGGCUUACAGAGUUUUCCGGAUAGUCCAGCCGGUCGCGGAGGUCAGCACCAACAUAUGAUGGCUGGCCCCGGAAGCAUGUUCGACCAACAACAUCCUGGCACAAUGCCAUUGGCAUUAACUGGUACCGGUUUUCACUCAACCAAAGCCUCGACGCACUUAGAGGGUGGCGCAAGCACUACAUCUGUAGAAGAUCCGCAUAACAAUACUAGAGGUAGACUACGCCUAAACAAAUCAGUAGAACAAGGGAUCAUGGGACUGCUGACGCAAAACGAAUUGAAGGAUGUUUUCGAUGAUCCGCCUCCUGUUGCAGGAGCCCAAGAACUACAGGGUCGAACAGCUAGUGAAGGUGUAGCGGUUAUACGCGGACAUCAGCACCAUCAACAAGCAGCCGGGGCUGGAGGAGGACCAGCUCCUGUAGUGAUUACAGAAGAUCACCAUGCAGGUAAACAUGCAGCACGACACGUGGGAUCUACGCGAACUAAUCGAGCAGCUUUGAAUAGUCGUCAAGCAGGAGCUAGUACUAGGAACAGACACAAUCUGAGUGUUAAGGAACUGCCAAGUGAUAUCGUGGAAAAAACCAGGACGAGACAGGAGGAGGCGAACUUGAGUCCUCGUGGUCGAGCUGUUCUUGCAGGCGGCCGUGCCCGCCGUGGCCGUGCCCAGAUGAAUCGCGCAGCUGCGGCACGCGCUGCAGCUGGACGCCAUACCAGGAGUGUUGACAAUUUGCCAGCUGCACCUCCGGACUUUGUGCUAGCAAAACUAGACGAGGGACCUCAGUACUCCGAAGAUGUUGAGGAAAUGAUUGACAUGACAGUGAGCCACUUCAUGGGAGAUGCAGGGACUUUGGACCUAGAUGAACAAGAACAACAUGGGAUACCUCCAGUUGUACCACUACCUACAUCUACUCCAGCAGGUCAGGGUCUAGAAGUUGCCCAUCAGAGUCAUAAGUUUGGAGGUGGUAUGAACAACACGUCUCCUGCCUAUUUUUUUGACCGCAACACAGUCACGGGGGCGACUGCAGCUAUAAUAACGCCACACUUGCAGAAGAAUGGACUAGAAGCAGGUCCUCGUGAGUUCCAACAACAUAUGCUGGGUCCGCAGCAGACUGGCAUUUCUCCUCCACCAUCACGUGGUCAUCUUCAAGGUCGAAAAGGCGAGAUGGUUGCUGGUUCGCCUAGUUACGGAAUGCGGCGGACCUGGUCACUAAGUGGAGCGGCGAGCAGUAUAGGACCACCUCCUCUGUCAACAACGAUGCCGCGAGCUCAUACGCCCAACAAUACUGGCCACGCGAUAUGGCGAAGACUCAUGUUUGAGGCCAAAGCGAAGUAUCAUCAGCAGAUGCGGAGGCAUGCUACCCGUCGUCUACUGAACAAUGAAGUGCAUGCUGGUGGUGCCGCAGGGGAAGUUGAUCUUCAACAACAGCAGCAUCCUCACAUGACUAGUUCCAUUUUCUCUGCCUCUUCGAUAGACGAAAACGGCGGUGAGAGCGGGUACUCGACUCCUGAAGUGACGGACUUUGUUAGUCCUGGGCAAAAAUCUCAGCAGGAAAUGGUGCAUCCUCACUCCAUCCGAUUUGAGAACCCCUUGAUUGAGAGCUUCUUUUACAAGAAACUAGUGCAUGAGUUCAAACGGGGAGAGCCCUCAUUAGUCCUGGAGAAGAAUCUGCCGCUCCAGGAAGAGGAGGAAUUUUUGGAACAGCCGGUACUUGUGGAGCCAGAACAGGGAGGACGAGAGGCACGUCGUACAACUACUAGCCAUCUUCAACAGGGUCGUGGUGGAACACAAGUAGUAGAUCAUGUUGCUAGAAGUGCUGCUGGUGAGGUUGUAGGCGACCGUGCGGGAGCAGCAGCAGGAGGUCGUGAUGCAUCGGUUGGAGGACCACGACGUAGGAGUCUGAUUCAGCAGGAUAAUGAUGGAGAUGCGCAGGAUAUUGAUGGAGCCUCUUCAUCAGAAGGGCCUCUUCUAGCAUCCGCACAACCCACGACUAUCGCUGCACUCCCACCUCCGAACAAGGACGAAAUUUUUCUCGUCUACAUGCAAUGUCUCAACGCACAUCCUGAUUUGUCGAUUCAAACGGUGAAAGAACAGAUUGAACGGGAGUACUGGGAGUCGCAUUUUGGGGCAUUCUUCGGAGAACCUCAGCAUCAUCAGGAAUUGUACCUGGGAAGACAAGGCCCUCCUCCAGCAGCAGGAGGUGGCAUGGCUUCGUUUAACCAGGAACUCAUCGCUCAGCAGCAAUGUUUGCAACAACUACCACGUCCAGCAACAACUGCAAGUUUCAGUGUGGACCAUCAAGUUGGGGUAGUUGGUCUUGAUGGUGUGGAGCAGCAAGGAGGUGUUGGUGGCGUUGCUCCGCCAGGAGGUGCUGAUGCCACACAGCAGGAGCGCGACGAGCGUGGCCUCUCUCCUCCUGACACCGCAAUUUCUCAGAGUUUGCUCAAGGAACAUGGUUGGCGACCUCUUUUGCAAGAUGCAGAUGUAGUCAAGUUUGAUGCCAUGGGUGCCAGAAACAACCCCUUUCUUACCCAUAGUAGACCGACAACUACAUUAAGGGUUACCGAAUUCUUGCAUCCUUCACUACCAGUCUUGACUUGUUUUCCGAGAAUACAUAGGAAAGAAGCCAAGGAUGACCUGAAGAAUGUCCUAAUUGCGCAACCUCUAACUACAGGCUCUUUCUGCUCAAGAGUUGAGUCGCCUCUUUAUACCACGUUACAAGAUUACUUUGCUGGUGGAGCAGCUGCAUCUGGAGGUGUAAAUCCCGCAAACGGAGCAUCUCCGUUGAAGCUGGUACACAAUAAGGUGGGACCUUCUUGUUCUUUGAAAGGAGUACGACAACUUCAACAUCAAGGUGGUCCUCUUGUUCGAAACUUUCCUGUUUCUAAGAAGAUGGCUGAUCUCUUGCAUAUGAAGCAGGCGUUUGGAAGUGGCGGCACUCACGGUGUAGGCGGUGUGGGUGUGGUACCAAACCCUUUGAGGAAUACCACCCUCUAUGGAGACACGUCUGGAGGUGCGUCAGGAGGUUUUUUGCCAGCCAACCAAAAAUUUGUUCCGAAACCGGGGCUGCCACCAGGUAAAAAACUUCUUGCCUCUGCAGCAACGGUUUCGCGACCUCAAUCAGCGAACUUGCGUGAAGACAGUGAUCUUCAAGGACCUCAAUUUGUGAUUGAUGGGAACCAAAAUAUUCAUAAUCAUGAAAGAGAUACUGCUGGAGGUGCUGGAGGAGGUGUUCCUCAAGGAGGUGUUGAUGUCAAGAAGUACCUCAUCGGAGCUGGAGGGGACUCAUCAGUCUCUGGAGUUCAUCCUGGUGGUUCGUUGGAAAAAGAGAACAGUUUGGUCAUGUCUCUAGUUGCUCCCAGUGCUUAUCACAAUUCUAGUACGGCGGAUCAACCUCGCGGUCCAGUAAUGAGAGGAGUUAGGCGUCGAUAUGCUAACAAGCCCCAGUCAUCGACGACUGCGGCUGCUAUCGAUUUUGCUUCAGUAAAGGCUGCGGAGCUGUGUCGCAAAUUAAACUCACCGCGUGCAGCAGCAGCUCCAGCGGGUUCGGGUCAGGUCAUGAAUGUGAUGAAUGGGCCGCGCGGAAGUCAAGAACGUCUAAAUCAAACUACUGUUCAACAACAACAACAAGGCAGCAACGCAAAUGCAAGGGACGAGAUGAAGGCGAAUGAGAAGAGGAAUGAUGAAGAUACGAAGCAAGAGGAAGCUGUUGCUGAUACGGAGAAUUAAGGCUGUACCUAAUAGAUACAUCUUUGGACGCAUCCUUGAAACGUAUGGAGGAGUAUCCACCUGAGGGAAAAGGACUCCCCCAUACUUUUCAAGGAUGCACUUGGGAGAUGAAUUACGGACAGCUCUAAGAGAAAGAGCCAGCAGAGCUUCCCGAUGUUCUCUCCUGUUCAUCUUCUUCUUCUACUAUCGGAGGAGGAGCAGGAACUUCAUAUGAAGACUUCAACAAUAACACGUCGUGCACAUCAACCUCUAGUACUGCUCAAACAAGUUUGAACAUCAAAAACAAGAAGGGCGCUCCACCUCCUUCGCUUGCGGGAGAGGUGACGGAUGACACAGCGACCUUUACGACAGACGCAGAAGAACAAAUGCAUGGGGAUGUUAUGACUUUCGGAAAUGCAUCUUUAGAACAAGCAUCUUGGGUUUCCGUGUAAGGGGAAAACGGGCCCGAAGAUGACUUUCAAGAUGGAUUCCCGGAAGGUCUAAGGAUGGUGUUGACCUAGAUACUACACUUAUUUCCCUCGUCGGUGGUGGAACAACAGAUGACGAUCUCCUUGUAGCCUCUGGCGAGAUUUCCGUAGAUGCUGCUGUUCAACUAGGUGGACCAGCAGAAGUAGAAGUCACUUCUUCAACCAUGCUUGAAGAAGGUUCUGCUCUACUUGGUGAACAAGGAGAAGCUAGCAAUAAAGCCGAUGCCGAAGGUUCUGCUGAACAAGGAGAAGAUUAUAGCAAUAAAGACGAUGCUGAUGUUCAUGGUGUUACCGAAGAAGAGAAGAAACAAACGAUAACUACGGAAAACCAAAACGGUGAUGUUGUUGAGGACGCUGUGAAAGAUAAUAAGGACGAACAGGGAUUAGAGCUAGAGGAACAACAAGCAAACAAGGAUGUAGAAGAGGAUGCGAGGAGAAAUAUCAUAGACGAUGAACAACAAAACACAACGAUGAAGAAAACCAGUUCCAAGGUGCAAACCAGUUCCAAGGUGCCAUCAAGAAGUGCGUCCAAGUCUAGUACUAGAGAGGAAGCAAAUUCGAAGACCACCACGAAGGAGGAAAAGCCUAAGAGGUCGACUCCGAAAAAGUCUAGUUCGUCCACAACAAACAACAAGACCACAACUGCUGGCACGACCAGUAAAGCCCCGACUUCCACUAAGACUUCCUCCUCUUCUAAAACCAGCAACAAGAACAACAACGAUUUUUCUUAUCUUCAAGAUUCCUCCACAGCUUUGUCGUCCUCUGAUCAGGAGAAUAAUUCUUCUGAUUUGCUCUCAAAGAUGAAGCGGGAGGCGAAGAAAAACCUUCAAGAUUUGAAAGAUCCUCGUCAAUGUGCUGAGUUUAAGAUGAAGUUCCCAGCUUGGGGUCAUACGUCGCAAUGGCGGCGGAGGCAGAUUCAAUUAAGGCUACCGCUCCUGAAGCAUCCUCUUCCUCACGACCAUCAUCCUUGGUCUCUUUUUCAAGGGGAAAAAGAAGCAACCAAGGAAGAUGCGACCGCGGUAGCUCUAAUUCAGCCUGCGGGAUCUCGUGUCGGUACUGCAGGGACAGUCGGGUCUUCGCAAGAUAAUUCGACCAGUGUUGCACAUAGCAAAAAUAGUAGCAGUACUAGUAGUCGUAAUUAUCCUGCAGCUGCACCUGCAGCUAGUAGUAGAGUCCUUGGAAAUAAUGCUGGAACAAGUGGAUCAUCAGCUAGUACUACAGCAGGAGCAGCUUCUAGUGCAACUUGUUCUGACGCUAAUAAUGCUGAGCAUCACAAUUCCAGCUCUUCAACGACAGCGGCGUUUGCAACGAACGACGUCUUCCACAGAGACCAAUCUUUUUCAUCGUCUUCGAGUAGUUUGCAGAUGGCUCCUGGUGGAAACAAUAAUUAUCUCUCUGGAGGCGAAUCGACGUCCUCGUUGCAGUUUCAGGACAGCACUUGCUUUGACCACGACCUAGAUGGAACACUUGGCGGUAAUGCGUCACUCUUGUCGCCAGGUAGGUCGCGAAGCCCUCUUGGAGGUUCUCAGCAGCUCUUAGACCAUGGUCCAGGAAGCAGCUCCCGUUUGUCUUCCGUGUUUCGAGGGAACUCUCCACGUCCACCUGGUCCCGCCACUAGUACGUUCCUGUCAGGCGGUUUAUCCGAAGACAACCGUCCGUUAUCGCCUUUGAUGGAGAGUAUUGUGACGAUGCUGUUAGCCUCUUCGGAGAAACACUUAUCUGCUGCUAACGGUUUGAACGCUCUCAGCGCACCGAUGACGAGUUCGCGUAUGACGCGACGUUUGCAGCGCGAACUCUCUCGUCGACGGGGGCUGCUGGGUAACGACGGUUAUCGAUGGGACUCGGCUGGGCCAAGGCUGAGCACCGCAGACACAAAUCUAUCUGGUGGUGAUGGAACGACCGGUACUAGUAUCGAGUUAGCAGGCACUAGUAGAUCAGGAGGCACCAGUAGGCCACAGUCACGCGCGAAAGGGGAUGAUCUUAAUAGCGGCGCUGCUAGUGGAACAGGAGGAGCAGGUCGUUCUUCACGUACUACAAGAACGAUGAACAACAUGAGUGGAUCUUCUCCACGUACUGAUGUUGGCUCGGGAUCUCGUGCAACCAGUGCCGCACCAUUACAGAGGAGCGCUGCAACUCGUGGUCGGCAGCUCAGAGGAAGUAGUCGUCCAGGCUCUACGUCCACAUCGAAAGUGCAUGUGGAGAACAGUUCUCACAUUGCGCCAGACGUGGAGGAGGAAGUGGACUCCUUCCAUAUGGCAGGACCAGCUGUACCAGAACAGCAGAACUUGCUUAGUUUCCUACAAAGUCAUCGAGAUUUGAUCUCUGCUGCUAUGGUAGAACAUCAGGGAAAAAUGAUGAAGUCGAAAAAUGGAAAUGUUGGGACAGCAAGAACAGCAGGAAACACAUCGUGCACAACAUCUCCAGGAGGGACAACUUCUACAAACAGAGCACAAGCCGGAGGUAAUGCGUUGAUGUCAGCAGAACAACGACUGGAGCAUGAGAAACGAUUAAGUGGACUGACGAUACUGCGGCCCACGUCGGUUCCUGGUAGUCCGCGUUAUCAACAGCCACUAUUGAAGCGUAGUCGACAUGAUCGGUCACAGCAGAACAGUACAUUCUUAGAAAGUGGCACCUCGAAAGAACUAUCAUCAUCUUCAGCAGCUCUUGAGGGAAGCAAAGAUCAAGAUGAUUUCCUGGCAGGAGGAUCAUCAACGCUGUCGUCCGGCUCUACUACAACAAAUGUUGGUAGCAAGGACAACAAGGCUAAGCCUAUCCCACGAUUUGGUUCAAACUGGAAACCUGUGAAGAAGCCUAAUAGUACUACUAAACUUACAUCAUCAACAUCGCGGGGCGCAACUGCAAUCCCUCCUGUCGUGGAAGCCGUUGAAGGAGAGAACGUGGUGAAGCAGCUUGAAGAAGUCACCGACUCAGGAGCUAAUACACGUCCAGUCACAGCUGAGGUAGAUGGUGGGGAGGGUGAAGAUAAGGAGGAUGAAAAGGCUGAAGAAGAUAAGGAGAACAAAGCUUCUAGUUCUACAGAUGAAAUUCUACGUGAAGCGGACUCUUACUUUCGUGCGCAGGAUGAGGCUAGUGCGAAGUUGAAGACGAAAAAACGACGUUUGGAACAUCAGGACCUUCUACCUCUGCAGCAGCACGAUGAAGAUGACCCUGUUGAUCUCAUGAAACAGAAGGAACUCCUCGAACAAGCACCGUGGUCAAGCCUCGUCAACGCGCAAGAGCAUGCUGAAGAUGAAGAGCUGGAAGCCUUUGUUCGCCAGUUGCAAGUGCCGACGUCAUCUUCAAGUCAUGCUAAAAAUUAUACGAAUUCAUCUUCUACAACUGCAAACUACAAGAGUAGAGAACAAGGCCAAGAUCAGGAUGAAGACACUACUUCCAAACAGUAUCAAGUCGUCCUCUACCGGAUUCGCGCUGAGAAGGCAAGACAAAUGGGCAUACCGUUUCACUCGCAAGAUGAAUGGGAUCGCAUACGCGCUGCAGAGGAACGCGACGUCGACUUCAUCCAUAAAUUAAGGGUCUAGAAGUUCAUCACUAUCCCAACUACAUGUCGACUAAGUACUUAUGCACCUGAGUGGAGUCCUCGUCCUUGAGUUAAUUAGAAGGGGAAGCUAAGGGGCAAAGAGGACAAGAACCUCCCACUCCCGAUGUUGUUGAUACUGGUAGUUCAAGUACCUACAAUAAUUCUAUGAAAGUCUACGAUGUUGUUGUUGAUCGGGAUCAUAGUGAAAAACUACAACCUUUAAAUAAAGCAAGCGGCGAAAUCGAUGGUAUGGCGCUACAGGAUCACUUGUUGCGAAAAAUAGACGCUUUGAGUAACUCUAGGAGUUUAGGUGGUCUUGCUCCGCUACCGCAUCGAAGGGGAGACGAGCAUCUUCAUCAAGGUAGUCUUGAAAUCGGGAUCAUUGGUCCUCAAACUAGUUUUCUGCCCGAAUCUGAUCGUGUCCAGAUGCUAGAACGGAUUCAGCGUGAACAUGCAAGUACUACGCAAGCUAGUAUGGAACGAGCAGGAGGGUUGGAGGACGAGGGUGGGAGUUCUACUUCUGCUGACGGAGAAGUUCUCGCACCGUCUGGUGCAGAUAGAAGUCGUGAGCAAGUUGUAGUCGUGGGAGACAGAGACAGUAGUUCGAGUUCGUUCCCUUCUCCAUCUUCACGAAGCAACGUUUUAAGCCGACAAAACAUCAAGUCUGCUGGAAAUGGGCCGACUUCUAUCCUAGAUCAUGGCGCAGAAUGGGUGCCAGGCUUCGUUACAGGGUUGAAUAAUAGCACUCGUAAACCAGAAAAUCAAACUUCUCGUCACGACAAAAAUGAUCCUCGUUCCUUACUGGCGAGUGCACCUGCGUCGCAUGAUCACCACCAGAGAGAUUUGCGGACCACGUGGUCUGGUUCUUUAGGCCAUGCCUCUGUCAUCGGAGACACGAGUCAGACCCUAACCGGUGCCGUAAACGAUGGACAUUUUCUAGUCAUGGAUCAUGGGCAUGGGAACAGAGCUGUACCUGGAGCGAAGCCAACAGCAUUUCAACGGCAAGGAAAGUUGCAGGGUACUGGAGGAAAGACGAAACUUCUGUAUAAAAACCGCGACAAUUACACGAGGAUGUCGAAUACAAUCAGUUUUGUAGAAGAUAACGGGGAGAAUCAUGAAGAUGAACAGGGAAAAAUGGCGAAGAACAAUACAACAGCGCCAGGCACCUUCAUUCAACAUAAUUCCGACAGGGACAAGCGUAGUACUAGCAAUCGUUUUGGCACCAACGCAGGUUUUCGCUCGAUCACAGUUGGUGCUUCAGACCGCUCUUUCCGCAUCGAUGCAGCAGAUGUCAGGAAAUACCUCAUCGAUCGUAGUGGUGACGGUGUUGAGAACAACGAGGAUGGGGAGGAUCGUGCUACAGGUGGUGCUCCUGAUCAAGGUCGUGAAGGGCAAGAGUAUGCUGAAGGAGGCGAAGAUGUCAACAAGAUGAACACGACUUUUUUGAGAACGUCUGGUGCUGCUCAGUCUCAGACUAGCAGUUCUUCAGCUGGAGGCAUGUGGCAGACGAUGACGACGUUGGAUGGCGGCGCUUCACAACUAUCCAACACUAGUACCAGCUCUAAAAAGAUGUUGUCCAUGUCUUUCGAAGACAAAAUCAUUUCCAACCGCACAGGUUGGAAGUCGACUUUUUCCAUGGCUUCCCUACAACGUCAGCGCGAGCUCUUGGGAGCUCGCGGCAGUACACCAGCUUCUCGAGGUGGACAGCAUUCGCGGUCAUUAGAACUUCCACGUGGAGCCUCGUCCAAAUCAUCACCACAAAGAUGGAGUCGCCGCUCCAGACGAAACUUCUUGCUCAAUUGUCAGAAGAAAGCGCUUGAUGUCGAAAUACAAAAAGCUGCAGAUAUGAAGCCACCAACACCAUCUAACAAGAAUAAGGAACCUAAGAAGAGUGCUGGCAGUGAGCCUUUUCCUCUAGAACAAGAUCAACCUCCUCUACAUCAGGAUCCUAGCCAGUCGCUCUCCAUUCAAGAAGACUCAACUGUGACCUUCGACGAAAGCCGGUUUUCGGCAAGUCUUGACGAUGUCGGGGGUGUGUCGAGAUCUCGCAUACUAGUAGGAACGGAAGACGCUGACGAGCAGGAGGAGGAUAGCGAGAAUGAAGGAGUACCACGACGAGCAGAAGUAGAUGUUCACCAACAUAGCACUAGUACUCACCAACAACAACAAGGAGAAAACGAAAACCAACUGCCACCUCUCGUCGGGUCAUCUUCUAGUUCACGGACUACACGAGGAGGAAAUGUCAAUUCGUUGAGCUCUUUGCUAGCCAAAAAGAAUGCAGCUUCUAACGAUAGUCGGAGUUCGAGUGCGGCCACCGGUUUGGGUUCAGGCACUGCUCUCCAUUCGAAGGAAUACAGCGGCCAGCGUGCUUCUGACUUAGAAGCUUCAUCUGCUUCGUCGUCGAGUAGGACAGCGUCAGCUUCAGCUUCAGGCGUUUCAUCCUCGGAAGAAGCUGCUAACGGCGAGCCCGGUUUCGUAACUGCAACUAAUUGGACCAAGAAAGUUGGAACCAAGAAGAUCCUCAAAAAAGCCGCAGCGACCUCUUCUAGCAAUAAAGAAAAGGUAGAUAAGCAAGCUAACACGAGGACUACGAAGGACGGCGGUUCUUCAACUUCGUCAGCUUCAGCAGCUUCUUCUUCUAGUGGGGUUGGAGGUGAUAAAAAGAUAGGAGAACAACAAGCGUCUGCUGGAACAAAUCCUAGUACUAGUGGAACAGGCACUGGCACUCUUCGAAAAGGUAAAGCAAGUAAAGGGUUGCUACUUCUGGGCAGUACUUCUUCCGCACCGGCAAAUCAUGGAGAUUCCUCGUUUGAAGAUUUGUGUGUUGAUGGAAGGCUGGGAACGGCAAGUAGCAGCACUUUUUCAUCUGGCGCAGAAAAACGGUCUAGUGCUAGCACUUCAUCGAAAAAAGGAUCAGCGAACAACUCUUCUGCAGCGAUUGUCGGUAAAUUGUCGACUUUGGAAGGAACUAAUACUAGUGCAACUGAACAAGCUGCUGUCGUUGUGCCUCCUGUCGCAGAAGAAGAGCAACAAGAUGAUCCUAGUACACCUCUCGAACAACAAGAACAAGCUGGUGGGGGCACUUUGUCUUCCUCGGUGCGAACAACUUCACUCUAUAGUGGUCGUGGUUCCAUUAACACCGCACCAGGCACUGCGUCCACCGCAACAGUACCUGCAGGAUCACGGAGUGGAACUGCGGCAACUGCCUUCAUUUCACUAGAACCGGAAGUGAACAACCUGAUUACCAGUACUGAAGAUCUUCAUAAGCUUCAACGCGACCAGUCUCCAUUAGACUCUCCGCGAACUCGUAGCGCAUCACCUCUAACUUAUACUUACGCGCGUGUCGGGAGCACUUUAUCAACUAAUUCGCCCUUUAAAAAGCUCUUUGCAUCUGCGGGCUACAAAAAGUACACUAGUCUCGACCAGGGUUCCGAUGAGCAGCAUGGAGAUGCACUGGUAGUUGGGGAACAAGCACGAGCGCGACCACGAGGACUGCAGAAAAACUACAUCAAUGCAGCACAUCACCAAGGCUCGACAAUGUUGAGUCCAUCAGGAAACAUCAACAACAAUAAGAGUAUGAAUCAAAACGUGUUGAAAGACCUUCUUUCCCCCGCAGGAGCGCAAAAGCGCACAUCGCGGCGACCAGGUGGCGCUACUGGCACAGCCGCUUCGGCACUCCUACCAAGAGUUUUUAGUCAAGUCGGCACGAUGAUACUCUCCACAUCUUCUGCUACAACAGCUGCUGCGAGCGAACAAGAGGCACAUCAACAGAGCAGUAAGACUUAUUCGAGUCCAAUCAAGGGACGAGCUGCAGCUCAUCAACAUCUUCAUCAGAGUAGUGAAAAAAAUGAUCCUUCAACCCCUGCUAUCUAUGCAACUCCUGCGAGUACGGGAAAGAAUCAAGCAGACAACUUGUUCUCUCAUCUCGAUAAGGAGAAGAACCUUGCGAAGUUCAACAAGAAGAAUGAUGUGCUACUGCAGGGACAACUGAUAACGACUCCAAGUAUACUGUUAGACCAGUCAGCGGCGUCUCCUAGUAUGGAUGCACUGGGUAAUUCUGGAGCGUCUAUCUCUCUUUUAUCUGCCGCUACGCCAACACCCUCUAGUACACGGAAAUUGAAUACGUGCAGUGGCUGGUUUUCUUCGCAGAAAACAGCUAAUAGCACUACAAAGGGUGGAGGUCAUAGAAGUUCUGCUUCUGGUGGUAAUGCUAAUGUUGGUAUGAAUGGUAUGAUGAACAACUACAACUACAACUCGACCACUAGCAGUUUAUCUGUGUUGCACGACCACCAUCAGCGGCCACCACCUCUUGACGAUUUUGAGGCUUACCAAGUCUCAUUACGACCAAACUUCGCAGGCUGGUCACCAGGCAAGUCCAAAGUCUUGCAGAGUGAGGUGGAUGGAGGAAGCACUGCUUCAAAAUGGAAAGUACUCAGAGAAAGUAUGAGACCAGCAAGCACUGCUUCAAUCUCUGUCCUGGAUGAUGGGGACGAAGAUGGUUGCGAGAAGGAAGAAGACAGGAAAUACAAGAAGCACAACAAGUCAGCAUCCCAUAUUUCAUCUCAUGGACGACGGAGGAAUGGCAGUAGGGUAGGUUCUCCGUUUCCUUCGUCUAGGUCCAGUGCAACGAAAAUCAAUACAGUACCCUCUAGGGAGAAGGAUCCUAGAAGACAGCGUCAUAGAAUGCCUGGUGGACGAGGUGGUAGCGGCGCUGUAGGAGAAAGUCCAAAAUCUUCUCUCAGUCCAAGAUCCGGAUCCCGCCAAUCUUCGAUCAGGGGAGCAGGAAUUCCUUCGGCGAGUCCUACUGGUGGGGAGUUAGAUGCUGCCUUGAUGCAAGGACUUGAUGCGCGGUUUAAAGGUGCUGGUAGAAGUAGGCCUGCGAAUACUAAUGAACAAGAAGAGGCGAACUUAGAAAAACUGUUUCUUUCGAAGUUGACAAAACUCCAGGGCGCACUGAUCGGCGGAAGUAGUCCGAAGAUGAACAAGUCGAAGAAGUAGAAGAUGUAGGGACUUACUUCUAUUUGUAUUCACCAAAAGAACAUAAGAUAUAAAUCAAUAAUAUGUAAAUAAGCAGCUAGCCGACGACUUUAUCAUACACAUGAAACAACUCAUUCUUGUACAACAUAUUAGUUUCUACUCAUCAUAACGAUUAUAGAAAAGAAGCUUUCAAUAUAACACGAUAACAGACAUCAAGAAAUCUACAACACGAUAACGGACUCAGCUCAUACGUACACGAUUUAACAGAGGACUCACAAAUGCCUAUACAUAGUAGUGCCUUGUAGCUUAGCAGCAGUAAGUAUUAACUAUUAAGAAGAACUACAAGUAAUCUCUCUAUACUCUAGGUUUAUCCCUUCAAACAGUACAACUACAAGUAAGUUUAUUAUAAAGAAGAACAGAGUUUACUUAUAUAUAAUUUAGAAGUCCAUGAUCGGAAAACGAAAAGUAGUUCAUCUAGUAGUGGUACUAGUUCUUGCAAAGAAAUAAAUACGACAGCAGUGCUGCCAUCAAUAGAAAGUAGUAAGUAGAAAGUAAUUGGCUCAUUAUCUUUUCUAAGAAAUGACAGAAGAAGAAAUUCACAUCGAUCCAGCACUAAUUAGUACGACUAAUCAUAAACAUAAACAAAGCUGACAUCUUCAUGAGUAAAGCAACCGGUUAGUUUUCACCUCUAUCCUUAGGCUUAGCCCUUCAAGCAGUGCGUUCGUAUACUAAAGCGAAACUGCAUAAAAACUACUACGAUCUUAUUUUACUGCAUAGUCAAGAAUAUCAAAUAGCCCAAUAUGUUGCAAGAGCAUCGUGAUUAUCUUCAACAACGUAAAUCUAAGCAGUUAUAUAUAAGACACGAAAAGAUUUCAAGUUGUAGGCAUGUAAGUGACUGUAUCUCUAGAUGACUAUACUUCUGUGUUGGUGGGUUGUAUUCAUGUUUGCAUCCUAGUAGGCUGUUGAACAAAAAUAUUAAUAUCUAUGGUACUAACGAGACUGAAAAGCGCGUUGAAUCUCAUGCUGAAGAACGAGUCAGAAGAAAUCGUUCAGAAAUAGAAGAUUCGACACGGCAUAAAUCUUUGGCACCUCAUAUUUUGGAUUUGCUUUCAGGCAAUCUCCUUGUUCC